UUAAUCUGGAGGCGGUUAUUUAUGGGUUUAGUUCGGAAUUUCUUUGACAACGAGCUUUUUUUCACCACUAGAUGGGGAGGUGGGGCAGUAAACAGGAAAGAAAGGCGCUUUCUUCCCUGGUGGGAGAAGAGGAUUUGAUCCCAGCAUUCUCCUGAAGCAACUCUGGAGCAAACAGCCUGGUUCCCUGCGCGUCAUAUGAUAGUGCUGGGUGAGAGCCAGCACAGCCCUCCUUGUAGAAAACGACCCAUAUCUCAAUCAGCGCGCGGCGGCCAAGGCCCCCUUUAUCUCCCUCCACAAGGCAGGGAGGCGUAUCCGUUCCCCCUCUGCACUCCCCUCUACAUACCAGCGUGACUCCCUCAGCUUUGACCAAACUACAACCUGCUUCGGUCGACGCCCUGUCGCCCACGGGAUCCGCACUUUAGCGCGGAGCCAACAAGUCCGUCGUGCGUAUUUUUCAGGGAGGCAGUCGCCGGGGUCUGGAUUGCGACGGGGCUGCGCGCGCAAGCAGCCAGCGGCAUCACCUCAGAAAUAAGAGAAAGGGUGCCAGGGAAAAGAAGGGGAAGAAGGAGGAGGAGGAGGAGGAGAAGAAGAGGAGAAAAAGGGGUUCUGAAUUUAGAAACAAACAUCUCGUUUGGGAGAGCUCUGCAGCGGGACGCACAGAGGAUCUGCAGCGGAGAUGGCUGAGGUGUCACAAGAGGAGAGACUCCAGGCCAUCGCUGAGAAAAGGAAGAAGCAGACGGAGAUUGAAAACAAGAGGAGGCAGCUUGAUGACGAUCGACGGCAACUCCAGCAUCUGAAGUCCAAAGCCCUCAGGGAGCGCUGGUUGUUAGAUGGAGCUCCAGCAGAGGAGGAUAUGCAGAGGCGCCUGCAAGAAGAUGAAGUGAAGACCAAACUUCUGGAGCAGGUCAUAAUCAAACUGGAACAAGAAAUUGAAGAACUGGAGACCGGCGCGCCUGCCAAUAAAGGUGUGGCUAAAGAAAAUGGAGGUGAGAACGGAGUGGUGCAGACCUCUGGUCAGACACCCAAGAGAGACGUGACAGGGAUUGAGGCCAAGCUGCUGGGCCCCAGUCCGGACCAGGCGAGCGCCGACAACCCAGUCACUCUGGUCUUCAUGGGCUACAAGACGGUGGAGGAGGAGCAGGAGACCCGCGCCGCCCUGGGGAUGGAAGGGGUUGACGGCAACGUCAAGGCUGAGUUUGUAGUGAUCGAGGACGGAGAGGGAAAAGCAGGAGCAGACGCAGCCACGGCCGAGCAGGCUCCGCCCAACGGCAGCAUGGCGGAGAAAGAGAAGGCCGACGGAGGCGGGGAGGAGGCCGAGAAGGAGAAGAAACAGACCUGCAAAUGCUGCACGGUCAUGUGAGCGCUGUGCCGGGUGUAUCUGUAUGCGUGAGCGGAUGCGUGAGAGCCCACCUGCACCCCUGCAGGCCUGUGUGCCGUCGCAUGAGGCUGUAUUUGCAGAUGUGUGUAACUUUUUGUGUUUGCGUGGAAGUGUUUGUCAGGACUGAAAAAUCAAGAAGAGAAGUACAGUUCCACAGCCAAAAUACCAACAAUGAGAGCCGGCGUGAGCUCCAGCUACAAGAACUUCAAGGACUCAUAGUUACACUUUACUACAUUUACUUUCUCUGAUAUGUAUUUGACCUUUCAUUUCUAUUGAUAUUUUUCUAUUUUCCUGUCUUGACAUUUAUAUUGUAUUCAGUAUGUAUGAUUUUAUUAUGAGACUGUGUACUGUAUGUUCAUUGUUAUUAUCGUUGGAACAAAGAAAAUGCAUAGGCUCCCUGGAUUGUACUGCUUCCCAGCAGGGAAAAUCUGGAAAAACAAUUAAACCAAAAGAUCCGACUAUAAAAAAAAAGAAACCUUAAAGUAUAUAAAUAUAUAUUUCUCUGUGUAGGCCUACCAACUAUUUAUCGGUCAAUUUCAUAUUGCAAUAUUGUCUAAGACAUUAUUUUGAAUAGUAUUUUAAUAUAUUGAUAUGAAAUUAUGUUUUAUACAAGGUAUUUAUUGUUUUUGGCUCUAUAAUCUCCCAUCAUUAACUGCAUGUACGCUUGUAAGCACUACCAGAUUCACUCUCAUUACAAUUGUCUGUGCUUUCGUGGACUCACACGUGCUCAUAUCUUUAGUCUCACGAGUCGUCCUGUCCGUAAAAAUGAAUAUUAUUGCAGUGUUAGAGGAAUGCAUUAAAAAGAAAAUCACAGCAAAAUGACAAAUACAUUUUCUCACCGUGUUGCAAAUCGCAUUAGUCCAAUGCUAGAUACUGUGUGGCACAUGUACACAAAGAUCACAGCUUCUGUGUCUUUUCUUUUAUUUAAAUAUGAUGGAGACACUUUAACUGUUAGUCGAUCAUACUCUCUCACUACCAUUGAAAGGCUUAAAGUAAGGAGCUCUCCACACUGCAUGAAGCUCUGCAGCUCUUUGCAGGUCUUAGUUAUGUGCAUAAACCCAGGGGGUAAAUUGGGAUUAGAAUGAGAAAAUUGUUCAACUCACCGUUUUGUUAUUUCAUGAACCAAAUAAAAUCCAGUUUUACUGUAAUUUCACUGUGUUGGUUUUGUUCCCAGUUUAACCCCUGACUCUGUAUGUGGCUGUAAACCUGCUUUUAAAAGACACGUAAACUAUUUAAACCACUUAAUUUUCUAUAUGUGUAUUUGAGGAGAAUUAAGAAAAUGAGUGGAGAUCUUAUUUUGAUUCAAAGUGAAACCAUUUGGGUAAGAAAAAUAGUUAUUUCUAGCAGCUGGUUUAGGGGGCAGAGUCAGACGUAAAUGUGCAUCCCAGGUCGGUGAUGUCCCAAAUUUAAAGAAAUUUAAUUUGACCAUUUUCAUUGUACCAGAAUAGUAAAAUAUUAAAAUUUUUGACAUUUGACAUCAAACUUUUAGAUUCUGUCAAACUGUAAACAUUAUAAACCAGACAUAAGAAGAGACUUUUUUUCAUAUUUAAUAGUACAGAUAAGUCUUAACUUUUUACACAUAGGUGGUAAUAAGUAAAUGAAGCAUGCUUGUAGACUACAAGAGUUAAAAGCCCAGAAUCAUAUUUGCUAUAUUUAUUUAUUAGACCCAAAAAACAAGUCUGCAAAACCUCUACUAAUAUUUCAGCCUCUUCUGUGUCAUUUUUGUCAUUCAUUGACCAUCAGUUCAUCAUUUCAAAUAUAUUUGUCCGGCUUUUUAUUUUUAUUUUGACAUGUGAAAUAAGGAAUAUUCCACAUGGAGGCUGACAUAAACUAAAAGUUCUCCUGGGAGUUUGAUUCUGCAGCCUCCUGCAUGAAUAUCAUUUUUUGUAUCGCUAUCUGUGCCAGAUGCAUCCUCCCAAGUCUUGCUUGCAUUUUUCAUCCCAAAAAGAGCUCUUUUACAUUCCAAAAAAGGAAGGUCAUUGGUGUGGACAGGUAACAUGUAGUUUGGGCUAUCCAGGUGUGCUGUCCAUAUUUUGUCUUCUAUGGUUUUAUAGCGUCCUCCAAAGGGCAGUGAUUUCAUUUGAGGUUUGCAUUUAGAAAAAAAAAAGAUGUCUACGUCUUGGUGCCUUCAUCAUUCAUCUGAAUUUCUGAGACAGUUUUGACAUGAAGAUGUUUUUUUUUUUGCUCUUGAUGUGUUCUCUCUCUCAUGGUGACCCAAUGGAAACACUGCCUUCUUCUCUGAAGGAGCACUGAGCAAAAACGGAAGAAUCUAAACAGUUUUUCACUGACGUCCAGUUUGGACAACAGGAACAAUGCAAACUAUAUUAAAUGUCUUUGAAAACGUAUCUUGUUUUUUUUUUUUUUUUAAAAAACCUUGUUUGUUUUUCUCUGUUGAACUGAAAUAUUCAGCCUUCAUACAAAUAUGUGUCUUUACAGAAUGCAAAAUGCAUCACAGCCAGAAGUAAAACAUUUAUGUAUUUUUAUGCGUUAAUAUUCAAGGAAUUGUGUGUAAAUCUUGGUGAGCUGAAGGUUUGCUUUGUAGUGGGGUCUGAAGGACAGCAGCUAAAUGCUAAAAUUGUAAAUAAAGCUACUCUUCGGUAACAGCAA